AAAAUAUUCGUGCAUCAAUCCUUGGAAGGUUUUGUAAUUCUUAUGUCAUUUAUAUCCAUAAUACAUUGACAUGUUUAAUCGGAAUAGAGGGCAGACGGAAGAGCGGUUAAUUCAUGUUUUAUUCGAAUUGUAAAUUCAUUUCGAUAAAGAUUUUAGUUUCAAGUCGGUACCUGGUCAUGGAGUUUAUAUAUGUGAUAUUGAUUUUGGUCGGUGCAGUUUCAAGACAAGCCUCCUCCGAGGAAGUUUGCUUUGACGAUGUCGGAUGCUUCACCGGUGCUGGCUGUCAUGCUUACGGCUUCCCACCCCGGUCACCAGCCCUCAUCAACACCCGGUUCUUCCUCUAUACGAGACGUAAUCGGUUCGAUCCUCAGGAGCUCAUACGGGGGGAUGUCGCCGGACUUCGAGCGUCGAACUACGAUCCGAUAAAGAAGACGAAGAUCUCGGUACACGGGUACACGGCGAAUGCCUUCAGGGUCCUCGAACAGGACCAGAAAGAUGCUCUCCUUGAAACAUACGAUUUGAAUGUCAUCCUAGUCGAUUGGAGCGAAGGCGCUCAGGGCCCUUACCGAGAAUGCCAUCAGAACACCCGGGUAGUCGGGCGAGAGAUCGGGUUACUAGCCCGCUUCCUCAACCUCGAGACCGGCAUGUAUUACCGCGAUCUCCAUCUCAUCGGCAUGAGUCUUGGCGCGCAUGUCAUGGGGUAUGCUGGCGAAUUCUUGCCCGGAAUCGCACGCAUCACAGGUUUAGACCCAGCAGGUCCGAAUUUCCGCGACGAAGGUUUCGACUUCCGCGACAACGGACCCGAGUGCCGUCUCGAUCCUACCGACGCCAUCUUUGUUGACGUCAUGCAUACAGAUGGAAAUGAUGGGACAGGACUCGGUCAGAUGAUGCAGCUUGGACACCAGGAUUUCUAUCCUAACGGCGCCCGUCGUCAGCCGGGAUGCGGAGACGUCGAUUUCUGGUCAGGCUGCAGCCAUCUCCGUGCUCUCACACUCUUUGCAGACACUGUGCGGUCACUCUCCUGUGAGUUUACCGCGGUGCCGUGCGAGAGUUGGGCACGGUAUCAGGCUGGAACCUGCGGUGAUCAAUGCGGAACGGGCGGUUGCGCUAUCAUGGGUUAUCGCGCGGACCUGAAUACCGCGGUUACGGGAAAGUUUUAUUUGGUGACCAACGACGAAACGCCGUAUUGUAUUGAUUAACGUAAACUAAUGGGCCUCUCUUGACUAGUUUCUUGAGGGGGGGGGGGACUUUAAUCAUCAUGAUUUACCUCCAGUUUCGAGAUUAUUGCCACAGCUGUCCACUUUCUAAUUUGAAAAACUACAUAAUAUAUUUGUAUAUAUCCACCCCUACCCCUCGAUUCUCCCCUGUUGUUGGCCAAAAUAUUCUACCAGAUUGUGAAAAGUGUUGCAUUUGUUCGGAUUUCUUCCUCCCAUCGAACUCUCUCCCACAAAAAGCCCUGAGUGAGAUUAAAAGGGUCGGCGGUACUCCCGAAAUCAUAUUCACCAGGAAAUGUUUGUUAAUUACAGUGGAUAUGCCAUCAUAGUAGUUCUGGAGGCUAUUGUUUUAUUCAGCAAAAGAAUGAAACAUCAGGGAUUCCUAAUUUCAUUUUGCGAAUAUUAUUGCUGUCU